AACGCUGCUCCUACCCAUUAAAGACGGUUUGACAUUCGCUGCCUCGAACGACUGGAGGAGUAAACUUUAUGUCAUUCUGAUUACAAUGGGCUGAAUUGGCCGGAAGGUCAUCUUUGAGGAUACUCGAAUCGGGCCACGACUCCAAACUUCCCAAUUUCCCAAAGAGCGCUUCUAAACCAUGAGCCUUUCCGGUGCGAGAUCCUUUUGCCGGUUCUUGCCCAGCCUUUCUUUUCAGAAUACUGCGCGAAUUGGCAUUACAGCGGCAAGGCAGCAGAUAUGGACGAGGAGCUUCACCUCUUCAACCGCGGCUGCAAUCAAGCAGAUGCCUCCGCGUCCGACUGUCAGCGAGGCUGAUAUCGAGGAGGCCUUCCUGAAAGGAAGCGGGCCGGGUGGUCAAAAGAUUAAUAAAACUGCCUCGGCGGUACAGCUCAAGCAUCUUCCCACUGGAAUAGUAGUAAAGUCGCAAAACACGCGGUCUCGCACGCAGAAUCGCAAACAUGCUCGGCUCCUCCUCGCGGAGAAAUUGGAAGAAAUGCAAAAAGGACCGGAAAGCAGAAGAGCAGUCAAGGCAGACGUUGCGAGGAAACGAAAAGCGAGCAAGACGAAGAAAGCCAAGCGAAAAUACAAACAGCUGGGUGAGGACGCGACCACGGAGAAAAACGAUGCUGAAGAAGGCGAAUAUGAGUUUGAAGAGUCUGAUGCUGUGGACGUGGUCGAUGCGCCUGAGUCAGAGUCUGGCCAGGGAGCGCUGAGCAGCGAAGAAGCUGGAAAGAAAAAUAAUGAUGAGAAGCGCAAGUGAGGCGCAUUCUGCAGGAUUUAAUCUUCAAACGGCUCUAGCUCGGUGGGAGCAUCAAUUGUAUAGAGGAUUGAUUCUACCGAAGUUGCGUCGAACACGAAGAGAACGGGCGAGCAUAUUCGUUCUGUACAGGUCAUUUGGCAUUGCGAGUAGAAGUUUUACAGCUAAAAACUCGUCAUAAAGGAGCGCCGAGUUCCGCAGGAUGGUUCUCCCGAAAACUGCAGGUGAGCAGGCGUUUUUCGCCCAGCACUACCGUCCAGAGACCUAGAGACCUAGAGCUCCUUGCCGGAGGAUAUAGCUUCAGCAAAGAUAUUGCCCCAGCAAAUAAGAUGCAUGUCACCGACAAAUGGCGCUACAAGUAGAAGGACAUCAAUAGAACAAC